AUUGAGGUUGAGCACCACUGGCAGAUUGUUCGCAGAAACAGUUGCCGCCGAGCCUCGGGUAGACCGCUAUCGAUGCAACUUCCGCCAGGUUUGGCGAAAUGUUUGCUGGAGGUAGAACAGCUUGUAGCUACAGCACCGUCGAGUGGUGGUGGUUUAUUUUUAAUCACAGACCCAUACUGCCGGGAGGAGCUGGCACCAAUUUCUCAUUUGGCCCAACGUCUGAUGGCUUCAAAGUACCAGAAGGAUGACGAGCUUCCCUCUGAUGCGUCGGGGCAAUCCGAAACCAUAGUGAUGGUGAGGUUCGUUAACAGCACUCCGGAUUCGAGCUCGAUCGACAGGAUUAUGCUCAGGUAG